AUGGUGGCAGCAGCUGGAUCCCGGGUAUCUGGGCCGCUAGGUCGUUCGCGGCUGCAGCUGAGUCGGCCUAUGUCGAGUGGUGCCCACAGCGAGCAGGGCUCAGCUCGCGUGUGGAAGGCCCUCACCUGCCUCGUGGCGCUCCCCAGGGUGGGAGUGAGCAUGCUGGACGUCUUCCUGAAGUCGUGCCCCGGAGAGGAGGGCAGACGGGAGUCGGUCGACUACCCCCAUCUCCGCAUCAGGUCCAAGCCCUUUCCCUGGGAAGAUGGUAACCAUACCCUUGUCCAGAACCCUCAUGUGAAUCUGCUUCCAACUGGCUGUGAAGAUGAAUAA